UUUUGUGACCUAGAUUCCCUGGCGUCAGAUGAUCAUAACUAAUGCGUUGACCUUUGGGUAGGAGGCAAUAUAACAGCGCAGAGUGACUGUGGACCAAAUUGGGAAUGAAAUCUCAUACUUACCUGACAGGUGAGACAGCUGCUGUGCUCCUUGAGAUUUACUCACAACUACAAACAACCAUCUGAUCAUCACCAUGAGGACAGCCCUGAUUCUCUGCAUCCUUCUGUGUGCUGCUUCUGCAGCUCCAGCUGGAGAGACGGAGCUUGAAGUUGCAGGAGGAGAGGUGGAGCUCCCACAGGUUCACCUACCUGCUGCUGAACCAGAGGAGGAGAUGAAAAAGAUGAUGACCGAAGAAGAGACAGAGUUGGCACCUGUUGAUCCUUUCCCUGUAGCUGAGGAUGCAGAAGCUGUGUUUGAGGAAGCAAGCAACCCUGAAGCUCGUUUUGGUAUCUGUCCUGACGGCUGGCUCAGACACAACUCUCACUGCUUUCUGUUCAACCACUUCCACAGGUCAUGGUUCGAUGCUGAGGAGUACUGUAACAGUCAAGGGGCCCAGCUCACCUCCGCCACAAACCCUCAGCAGUACAGGUUCCUGCAACAGAUGAGUUCAGCGAUGAGACUGAGCACUGCCUGGCUAGGAGGCUUCCACCUGCAGGGGAGAUGGUUGUGGAUCGACAGUGAAGGUUUCUACUACGAAAACUGGCACAGCCAGUCCAGCCCAAGCAGCUGCCCCUGCCUCUACCUUAACUCCAACGUUGGCUGGGCGAACGGUGUGUGUAGUAGCACUCGGCCCUUCAUCUGCUCCAGGAAACUAUUUGCCUGUUAACCGACUGGAGGAAGAUUUCUGCCAUUGAAGUCAAAAUAUGAUCUUUGCUGUGUGUCUGCUUGAACUGUUCUAUGUUGUGUUUUUAUGACGGUUUAAAUGACAGUUACUUUGGGGUAACUGUAGAUCUGUUUUUGCUUUUCUUUUAAGGACGUGUUGUCAGAAUGGGAUGGUUUGUGGUACUUGUUAAUGUGUAUUAUAAAUAAAAAGUCUCCUUUUAUUGUCAAA